AUGAUUUUCGUCUCCGACGACCUCAACACAGCGUCACCACCGUUUUCCUUACGAUCAUCGUCAAUUCUGGAUCUUCAUUGUGUUUCUCUUCUCAUCUUUAUGCGUCUAACAUAUCGCAUCUUCUUUUUCUUCAGAUUUAAAUGGCGGCAAAGGAGUAGGAGAACGUACGGUGCGUCUUUGACAACAACGAACAAAGAUAGAACACUGGAUAAUUCUCGCUCCAGAUUCAAAAGUUGCACGAUUAGAGCGUUCUUGGAAGAUGCAGGUGGAAGCCGGUGUUAUUAUGUGAUGGAGCAGAACGAUGUUGAUGAUGACUGCUGCAGAUUGAAAUUGUCGAGAAAAAAAAAGGAUGAAGCAACAAUGCGGUUAUAUAGAGAGAUGCUGAUUAUACAGGGAGGAUUUGAAGUUGCAAAGGAGAGUAAGAAUUGUAAAGAAAUUCCAGAAGAUGAUGAAGCAAUAUUGAUAAUUAUACGAUUUCAGAGAGAAUUGGAAGUCGUUAUGGAAUUCUGUUUGGCUUUCUAUUAUAGUCUAUUGCUGGAAGUUUGUUGGAAUCUGUUAGUUGGUUAUAGAAAUCCAGUUAGAGGUUGGUUGGAGGUUGUUAGGGUUUGGAAUUCGAUGGUGCGAGGAUUAAAAGCCAAGUUUGAUAGAGUUAAGAUAUGGGGAGAAAGGCAACAAUUAUUGAGGGCAUCAACACGAAGUUUCAAAGAUCGUAGCAAUAAUAAGGCUUAG